AUGACUUACUUAACUCUGGAAGGACAUGUGGAGCUGGAGAAAUACAGAUAUGUUUACUUUAUUGCAUGUCUUAUAGUCUACCUGCUGACUAUUUGUUUUAAUUCUGUUGUUAUUUUUAUCAUAUGCAAAAACAAGUGUCUCCAUGAGCCGAUGUACAUUUUCAUUGCUGCUUUACUUUGCAAUUCUCUCUUUGGGACGACUGCUCUUUACCCUAAACUGCUGAGUGAUUUACUGUCUGAAAGACAAGGUGCCUCUUAUGAAGACUGUCUGUUUCAGUCAUUUUUUAUUCACAUAUAUGCUGCAGCAGAGUUCGCACUGUUAUCAGCUAUGGCCUAUGACAGAUAUGUGUCCAUAUGUAAACCAUUACAAUAUGCAGCUCUUGUAAAAAUGUCCACCGUUAAAAAGCUCUUAUUUUGCUGCUGGUUUGUGCCUUCCUGUGAAACUGGUGUUGGGAUGAUACUAAAAUAUCAACUGAAGCUGUGCGACUUUAAGAUAAAUAGAAUUUACUGUAAUACUGGUGCGAUUGUUAAAUUGAGCUGUGGAGACACAUCUGUGAAGACGUUUUAUGGGAUGGUUAUUUUUUGCGUUGCUGUAUUUCCACCAGUGAUCUUUGUCAUUUUGUCAUAUGUUGGAAUACUUGAAGUCUGUUUAAGGAGUUCAAAAGAUUGUAGAAGAAAAGCUCUACAGACCUGCUUCCCGCACCUCUUCAUUUUCACCAGUUUUACUGUCACUUCAUGUUUUGAAGUGAUCAAUAACAGAUUAGAAGGAAAAAUGCCUCAUAUUGUCACCAUGAUAAUGUCAGUUGAAAAUUUUGUCAUCCCUCCUCUAAUUAAUCCAAUUAUAUAUGGACUGAAACUGCAGGAAAUUUGGAAUAGCAUUAAGAAACUGAUUUGGAAAAGGAAGAUGCAUCAUUUUAGUCCCAUGACUCAUGGUGGAUAA